CCCGGAAGGAGGAAGCGGCGCAGGAGGCGGAAUAAUCCGGGGUCCGAAACUGAGGUGCGGCUCUUCUCCGCCGCGCGGGGCGCCCCCCCCCCGUGGCCCCUUCCUCCGCCGCCCCGGGCUCGCUCCGCUGCUCAAGCGGCUCUUUGCCGCCUCCAUCCGCCCUGGAGGGUUUCAGCCUUGCCCAUUCUCUCCACUCCCCAGAACCUGAAUGAGUACAGCCCAAGGGGGCUGGAGUUGUGACAUGGUACAACCAGGCGGAUGCCCGGGUAAUGACUGCGGCAUGAUGGGCGAUGAUUCCUCUCUGGGCAAAGCUGCCACCAUUCACCUUCCAGCUGAGCUGGCAGGACACGAGGUUGUGCAACACUUUCUGGCUGAGAACAGAGAUCUCAAAGAAGCUAUCCGACAAAGUAACCACAUGCUGCGGGAGCGCUACGAGGAGUUCCUGCAGUUCCAGGCUUCCCACAAGGAGGAGAAGGAGUUCCUCAUGCUCAAGUUCCAGGAAGCUCGACUUGUGGUUGAAAAUCUGCACUUAGAACGCACAGGGCUGAAAAAGCAGUUGGAGCAGGCUGUCCAGGAACUGAAGCAACUGAAGGAACAACUGACAGCAUCUCAGCCAUUUCCCAUAGAGAGAGAGACCUCUGGAGCACAAGAGGAGCCAGACACUGUAACCCUUACUCAAGGAGAAGCUGUACUUGCUCUGGUCCCUGAGAUGCCACAGCAGAAAAUGGAGAGGCUGGAGGAGGAUUUGAAGGAGCUCCAGGAAGCCAACCAGGUCUUGCAGAAAGACAAGCUGGCAUUGCAGGCUGAGAUCUGUGCACUGCAACAAGCAGUGAAGGGCACCUCACCCACAGAAAAGCCUGCAGUAAAUAUUAAGGAGGAUGGAGUUGCAAAAGAACAACCUGUGGAGUUGGAAUCCUUGCAGGGCUCAGGGGCCAGAAAUAGUUCUGGGCAGGACCAGGCUGAAGAGCUAUGCAAGAGGCUGAAGGAGGUAGAGGAUGAGAGUUCAGCCCUUCGUCAACAGCUGGCAUCAGCCAGAGAGGAGCUUGUGCGUCUGGCAGCCUGGGAGCAUGAGGCCCAGCAGCAGCUACAAACACUGAGCAAGCAGUUGGAGCAGGCUGGGGAGGACAAGGCCUCAGUAAAGGCUCAGGUGACUUCCUUGUUGGGGGAAUUGCAGGAGAGCCAAAGUCGCCUGGAAACCUGCACACAGGAAAAGAAAGAGCUGGAGGAGAGGGUCCGUGCAGCUGGCGAAAGACUCCAACAUCUUGAAAAGGAGGCUGAAGCCCGCACCAAACAGCACAGUGUGCAAGUGGAUCAGUUGCGCCUACAGGUGCAAAAUCUAGAAAGUGCCUUGCGAGUGGAGCGGCAGAGCGCCACAGAGGAAAAGAGAAAAUUAGCUCAGCUGCAGGUGGCCUAUCACCAACUCUUCCAGGAAUAUGACUCUCAUAUCAAAGCCAGUCUAGAAAAUGAGAAGUGGAGCCAGGGUUUGGAUGUGCGGGCUGCUGAAUUGUCUGAGCAAUUACAGCAGGCUGAAGAGGCUCUGGUGGCCAAGCAGGAACUGAUUGACAAGCUAAAGGAGGAGGCUGAACAGCACAAGGCUAUCAUGGAGACUGUGCCUGUGCUCAAGGCACAGGCUGAUAUCUACAAGACUGACUUCUUGGCAGAACGUCACGCUCGUGAAAAACUACAUGAACAGCGAGAAGCCCUGCUGGAGCAAGUUGCACAACUGCAGAGAGAUUAUGAGAAGCUGCAAGCAGAAUCUGAAGGAGUCAGACGUUCUCUGAUGGAAGAGAUGAGGAAUCGCCAUUCAGAAAUGCGCCCACCACCUCAGCCAGGUUUCCUGAGGGGUCCUGCCCCAUUCCACCCCCAGCUUCUAACAGGAAGAAGACAAAGCCUUGCUGAAGAACCGAUGGAGUUCUCUUGUCCCAAGUGCCAGUACAGGGCUCCAGACAUGGACACUCUACAAAUCCAUGUCAUGGACUGUAUCCAGUGACACUGAUUGAGGAAGGGAAUGAGGCAUCAUUUUGUGGCCUUAAGCCAAACCAGCAGUACAGCUAAGAGUUUAUCUUGGAGCAAAGAUCAUUGACUGUUUCCUCCCUGCCUGUAUGUCAUUAACUUUUUUCCUUCUAUGAAAAUGGUUAAGCCUGCUGCUGUCCUCCUUCAGAGCCUGGCUACCAUAGCCAUGGGGUUUUCACUGUUUUAGGUUUGUGUGAAAUAAUGUGUUUGAUCUACUGUAUGUCAAGAGGAUUCAGCCACCCCUUUAAUAUAACAAACAAUACAUAUCUCAAUAGCUCUUCUAAGGGUGCUUCUCCAGGAAGACUGCUAGUUCUUGCUUCCUCUAUGUGCCUCCCAAGAUACAGGAAGAAUCCUCCAAGCUACAUAUCCUAACUGUGCCUUACACAUUUCCUCAGCCAAGCUGUGAUGAGGUAAGCCCAUGCAAUAGAGAGAGAGAAUAGGUUAUUUCUUUUGUUUUCCAAGAGGUAUGCCUGGUUGAAGCUGCUUAUUGGGGUUAGUUACCAGUAUUUCUACAGUAUGAAGAGUCACUAUAUGACUCCUACUUUAUCUAAAGUCAAUUAAAGUUCAAGAUCAGCAAUGAUUUUUCUACUUAUA